AUGGGAAGAUCAAGGUCAUCUGCAGGAGGUGAAGUGGCAACAGUGGAAGGAGUCUCUGUGGGCCCUGGGACUGUAAUACCAGGACUUGGAGCCGCAGAAGAGGUGGGGCAUAAGGCUGACAUGGACUGGGCUAGUGAAGAAAUGAUGAGUUUCAAUGAUCACCUAUAUGAUGGCAGAUAUGACCAAUGUCAUUGGUGUUACUUCAACAGGUAUUGCUAUAGGAUACCUGAUGAUUACCCAUUAGCUUCAGCUGCACCCUUGCUCUGUGCUGGAAUUACAGUCUACAGUCCCAUGAUGCGCCAUAAGAUGAACCAACCUGGUAAAUCCCUUGGGGUAAUUGGGUUAGGAGGCCUUGGUCAUAUGGCAGUGAAGUUUGGAAAGGCAUUUGGACUACAUGUAACAGUUUUCAGCACAAGCAUGUCCAAGAAAGAGGAGGCCUUGAAUCUUCUUAAAGCAAACAAAUUUGUGCUUUCGUCUGAUCCGGAGCAGAUGCAGGCCGCGGGAAAAUCUCUUGACUUCAUAAUUGACACUGCAUCUGGAGAUCAUCCAUUUGAUCCGUACAUGUCGCUUUUGAAGACUUACGGUGUUUUAGUCUUGGUGGGUUUUCCAAGCGAGGUCAAAUUCUAUCCUGCAAGCCUUAAUAUAGGUAUGAAAACUGUUUCUGGUAGUGUAACAGGUGGCACAAGAGAGACACAAGAAAUGAUAAAUUUCUGUGCAGCACAUAAAGUAUACCCUGAAAUUGAAGUUAUCCCUAUUCAGUAUGUGAAUGAAGCUCUGGAGAGAGUAAUAAAAAGGGAUGUGAAGUACCGUUUUGUUAUUGAUAUUGAGAACACCAUGAAGUGAUGCAGGAAAGAAAAAGGGUAUCUCGCCCUCUCUACUCACUGUGCGUUUUUAAUGUCCUAGGGUAUGGAGCAGCUUCUGGGCUUUAGACCAUAUACAGAUGGAUUUUUCCAAGAAUAUAAAUAAAAGAAAAAGGUAUCUGACAUUUUUAAGUGAUAGGUGUUUGCCAAUGUAUGCCAGGGUCUAAUAUGAGAUGUAGACUGAUUUUAUAAAUUUUUUCCUACUUUAUUACAUGUGUUAUUGGGUGUGUUUCUGUAUAAUAAUUCUCAAUCUAUAUUUUAGAAUUUUGAUAAUCAUUAAAUUGGUUAGAGAUAUUCAUAA